GCUUCACACAUUGCAAAACAAACACAACGAGUGAGUGAGUGAGUGAGUGAGUGAGUGAGUGAACGAGCGAGUGAAGCUUUAAAGAAAGUGAGUGAUCAGCGAGUGAAGCAAAAAUGGAGCUGAAAGUUUACGUGCAUCGUCUGUCUCAGCCAGCACGCGCUGUUCUCCUUCUCUGCAAGUCUGCUGGUAUAGAAUUUGAGGAGGUCUUCAUUGACUUGACUACAAAGCAGCAAAAGACCCCUGAAUUUUUAGAGAUCAAUCCUUUGGGGCAAGUACCAGCUAUUUCUCAUGGAGAUUUUAACCUAUAUGAGAGCCAUGCUAUACUUAUUUAUCUUGCCUCUGCAUUCCCUGGAGUUGCAGAUCACUGGUAUCCAAGUGAUCUUCAAAAGAGAGCCAAGGUUCACGCUGUGUUGGACUGGCACCACUCUAAUCUACGCCGUGGUUCAGUUUUGUUUAGUCUAAACACAACACUGGGUCCUGUAUUUGGAUUUCCCGUAAGCGAAGAAGGAGCUGCUGAAGGCGAGAAGCUUUUAUCUUCGUCUCUGUCUACGAUUGAGUCAGUUUUCCUCAAUGAUAAUGGCUCAUUCUUGCUCGGAGCAGACAAACCAUCGAUAGCAGAUCUCAGCCUUGUCUGUGAAAUCCUGCAAUUUGAGACUCUGAAAGAAGAAGACCGCAAACGUAUCAUGGAACCACACAAGAAAGUUCAGAAAUGGGUGGAUGAUGUUAAAAAUGCAACGAAAGCUCACUUCGAUGACAUUCAUGAAACUCUAUACGGUUUCUGUGCAAUGCUGAAGCAGAAGUCAGCAUGAGUCCGGAAGAGUGAAGCUUAGUCUCGCGUGGAUGCAGCAUUGGAGUGUUUGAAGAAUAAAAAUGGUGCUGCCUUUUUGUUUGUUGGAAAGAUACUGUAGUCAGAUGUCUCUGUAUGUUAAGAAAAUUGUUCUGUUGUAGCAGUUCAAUGUUAAUGCUGAAUAAAUCUAUGCCAUGUAGUUCAUGUUAAAUCUCAUUUCGAUGUAAUGAAAUAUUUUGGUAUGUCCUAUGAAGUCAUAAUAUAUCUGCCGGCUUCAUAUAA